AUGGGUCGGCCGAAGAGUCGACGCGCACUCAGUGCGAGUCGAUUUCAGGAAGGCUCUAUGAAUGAUAGGACUUCUGCUGCGCCCCCAGUACACUUUCUGGGCCCUGAAGAGCGCGCUGCUCUGGAGCGACCUGCUCUGACAAACAUCAAAUCCAAUAAUUCGCGACCGAUGAGCGACGACUUCUCCGACAAGCAGGUCAAGCGAGGAAGACUUCUGGGCCAAGUUUGGGAUGAGGUGCGAGGCAGACUGGGAUUUAAGAGGGAUAAUGAAGAAGAGAGAGGGGCAAGGAAGAGGUCGAGGAGCCGUAAGCGAGAUCAGUCUGAACAACGAGGCAGACAAAGGGAGAGGGAGAAUGGUUCUAGAGAUGGGCCUGCGGAGCUCAAGACCGUUGAAGAGACUCCAAGGGAGGAUAUGCCCAGCCGAGAAGAGAUAUUGGCCAACUAUCACAAUUUGAUGGCUUCAGGUUUCUUCUCGUCUCAUGCUAUUCAGUCUACUAGACAACCACCUCCCGGUUCUGUUCAGACCUCACACCACCUAUCUGCCCCGCCUCAUGCGACAUCUCUUAGAGACGCCUUAUCUCGAGCCACCACGCCUCAAGAUGGUAUUCCCCGUGCCCCAAACUAUGAUGCACCUUCACCACCCAAGUCGCCUACCAAGAUCAAGCACUUGCAAAAGCACCACUUACGUCCCGAUGGCCCAGGAGCUGCUACUUAUGAAGAGCUCGUUGCAUCGGGGUUCUUCACACCCCCAAUCUCUGACAGUGCUCCACCACCAACUCCCAUUGGAGCUGCCCCAUCCCCAACUGUUUAUACCGGCCGUAUGUCGCGAGACUAUCUGCAGCCGCCUCGACAGACCAGAGGAUCUCGAGCAGCAACGCCCUCGGCUUCUCGUGCGCCUUCUCCUAUUCGAUCACCUGCCAGUGCCUCCUCCCGAGGAACAAAGCGCGCAGCAGCCGACUCAAACUCUGAGGAUGAAGAGGAGAAUGCAUCUCGUGACCCUCCAACCCCAAAGAAGAAGCUACGUAAGUCUGCUUCUCGAGAUAUCACCCUACCGAAACUGCGGAAUGUCGCUUCUCGCCGCAACAUGCUCUCAUCACGACGUAGUGUGUCGGGGCCUCAUGGAGCUAGCAAGGAGUAUAACACACUCGCUCGCCGUGUCCUAGGCCGUCUUCCUGGAGGCGGUGGUCGAGGCUCCCUGGACAUCGACCGCCGACCUGCUUCUGCUUCUAGAAGGAGCAUCGAUGAGUCUAGACAGCCACUGCAAGAGGUCCAAUAUACGCGAAUCCUACGUUCGCGAAAGAGCGCUGCGGAAGGACUCAGUGUCGUACCAAAUGCUAACAGGGGCAUCCCAAAGGUUCCUAACAUUCCUGAAAAGUUUGCCGCCUACGAUGAAGACGCUGAGAACACGGCUCCAGCAAUUCGCUCUCGUUAUUAG